GGUUCACACUUUGAUUAGUGCGAGUGCAGGUGAUUAGUGCGAGUGCAGGUGUGUAGUGCGAGUAGUGUCCAAUUCAACUGCGAGUGCAGGUGAUUAGUGGGAGUGCAGGUCAAUGGUGCAAUUCGCGACGCUACACACUACGCUAAACACUAAACACUAAACACUCGUGUCCAGACGUGUUUAGGCAGGCACACUGCGAGUGAGGGGGAAGGGAGGGCGCGCGGGACGUGGCUACUCGCAGUCCACUCGCAAAAAAAUAGAACACGCUUCUAUUCACUUUACUACACAGCCUACUAAACACUCGCACUAAACAGUCGCUGUCCACACGUAGUACUACUCAUCACCUGCACUCGCACUAAUCAAAGUGUGAACCAGCCAUAACUGCGUGGCCACUUUUUUGCUGGCUGGCCUAUUGUCAAAUCUGGGCCAAACAAACAAAGCAGAUCUGAUAAACAAUUAGUUCUCUUGUGUUGUUCUUUUUAGGUGAUAAACACAUUUGGAAGUUAAUUAAAAAGUGUUCUGAAUGUACUACGUGUAGGUACUGAGUGUUUAAAAUUAUGGGUGGCUGUAGCGUAUUAUGCUGUAACAGCCGCACAGAAACAAAAGCAGAUGGAAUUUCAUUUCAUUCAUUUCCAACGGAACCCUGCAUUCGUAAAAUAUGGAUUGAUGCAACUGGUCGGCAGAAUUGGGUACCAUCAAAAAAUGCGAGAAUAUGUUCAAAUCAUUUUAACGCAAAUUUUUUUGUUGGCAAAGCUAAAUUAUCUCUCCUUAAGUCAAAUGCUAUGCCAACAAUAAAUAUUCCCAGCAUGAAUGUUGAAUCUGUGCAGUCUGUUUCGACAACACAAAAUGAUGAUCCAAUACCGUCAGUAAGCUCUAGAGGAGUUAAAAGGAAUAGACAGAAAUCAAAUGAUCAAAAUGUGUCCCCAGGUGCUAAAACUCCAAAACUGACUGAAAAGCCAUUUAACAAAAGUUAUAGAAGCAAAUUUCGCAUCUUGCAAGACGUUACUGCUAAGUUGGAGAAGCAAAAGCAAAUAUCAAGUUAUCGUCUUAAGAAAUUGCGGGCUGUUCGUGAGUCGCGGCGGAGACUUCAAAGAAAAGUUGCUAAAUUGGAAAAUAUUUUGGUUGAUUUAAAAAGUAAAAUUCCUAUAAAUAUGGAAGAAGCAGAAGAUCUCAUUAAAAUUUAAAGAAGAAAUUGAUGUAUUCAUGAAGAACAUUAAUAGUCUCAAAAUAAUUACGGAUCAUUUAUCUACAGCUUAUGUCAAUCUCAUACAUUCAUAAUCUAUUCUAUCAAACGUUACGCUAAACGAAAGCCACUUGUCUAGGGGGGCAGUUCUAAAAUCCGCCCGAAAAACUGGUUUCUUGGAGUUUGCUGUCUUAAAACGUUAGAGAUCCUGUACGAGAAACUGAUCAAUACUCCUAAUGCGCCUUAAAAGUACAUAAUAUGCAUAUACAAACUUUCGCAAGAUCAUUUGGAAAUAUUUUUUUUUUUGAUCCAAUAGAUCUAAAGGAGGAUACAAUAAUAACCCUACAGUGUCACAGUUCAAAGCAGCUUAUAAACGGAUGUUAAUUCAUGGGGAAAUUAAACAUUUAAAUCAUUAUGGGAACUGUAUCUCAUUGGAUGAUAUAAGUAUUUUAAAUGUUAGCAAUAACAAUUAUACAAACAGGAUCAACGCCACUAGUUUGUUAAUCAACACAAAUACAAAUGAUGAUGACUUUACCGAUGACGAGAUUUUACCAGUGGACCUUACAGAAUCUCGUUAUUAUUUAUUAAACGACCAACUUACUGAAUUUUCACAAGAAGUAACCGUUUAUAUUGCUGGUUUCAUAGUAAAAAAAUUGAAAAAGAAAAUUAAAUGCUAUGAUUGUAUUCUAGCUCUUCAGUCCACUGCAAAGUUAUCUAGAUUAAAUAUAUUGAAGGAUGUUGGUGGGCUGAACUAUCCCUCAAUAGAUCAAAAAAAGGAAUGAGAUUAUUUUUGAAUUCCCAUGAGCCUAGCUUCAUUAAUGAGAAAACGAUGCCAAAAUUAGUUUUAAGCGUUUUUAAACAUUUUGCCACUGGGGCACUUUUCCGACAUUAAAAAAUCAUAUACAUGACGGGUUUUUCCCUUUGACAACUACUUAUCUUUACUGAUCAAUAGAUUUUUUUCAAAUAAGAAUUAAUCAUGUACUAAAAACAAUUUCAAAAAAUGAUUUAUCAAUUAGAAAAAAAUAUACCAAACUAAUCUUAUUCAUAGUAUUUUUUUAAAUAAUAUUUGUAAUAACAGCUUUUUUUUUUACUUUUUGCAUGUUGCCUCUAAUAACCUCUUCGAACCCUUUUAAUACUCAUUUAGACCAAUUAGAAUGGUUUUAUAAUUAAAGAAUAUAAUAUAAAGAUAUGGUUUCUAUUUUUGGUAAAAGUGGUCCCCCUUUUUGCGAAAACGGAUCAAAAUCAUUAAAGUUUUCAUUCUAA